CGUCGAUGGAUUACUGGUGUGUUGCAGUUUUAUGUCAGUGGAGCACACCGUUUGGUAUUUUAAGAGCUGACAUGGCAAUGUGAAAAUUAUGUUUAGUAAUCAAGGCAUUCAACCUAUAAGUGUUGUGUUUAAUAACACAAAAAACUGCUUUCUUCACCUGCCUUCAAAGUUGAUAUCGCAUCUCUCCCUGAACGAGAACCAGGCUUUGGAGCUGUCCUGGAGCAAUGGAUCGACAGUGUUUCUCAGCUGGACUCAAAACAGAACCUCUUCCAGCCCAGACAGUUACAAAGUGGAGAUAUCUCGACAACUUGGGGAGAAGUUAGGCCUCACAGAUGGAGAGCAGGGCUUUCUCAGACUGUGUCAUCAAGUCUCUUCCUUGAAUCAGGUGUUUGUGGAGCCAGUGUCAUCUGAUGACUGGGAGAUAUUGGAGCUCCAUAGUUCUGCACUUGAGCAUCAACUACUGGAUCAGAUCAGAGUGGUAUUCCAAGAUGCUGUGUUUCCUGUGUGGGUAGACAAUCACACAGUCAUCUACAUUAAAAUAGCUUCACUCUCCCCAUACGUGCCCUAUGGUCGCCUGGAGCAGUUCACAGAACUUGUAGUGUCUCCCAAGAUCCGUGGUGGAUUUGGCAACCUCAGCGAUUCUUUUGAGAAAUCAAGACAGUUUCAGCAUUUUCACACACAGCAGAACGCAGAUGUUUCCUCUCCCUCAGGACCAUCAUCUGCAAGUGCAUCUCAUAUUCCUCAUAGAAGCCACUGGGGUGGCAUCCCUGACCUGAAGAGCUUACUUUGCCGUGUGAUAAAGAACACUCAUGACACAGUCAAAGAGCAGCCACCUGUGCCUGACAUUCCUGCCCUCUUCUCAGACUCUCUGUGCAGAGUGUGCAGCACACCUCCAGACUCUCUCUGCACCAUCAGCCACAUUACUACUGGUGUUAUUCAUUUAUUUCCUUGGAGCUCUUGCUUGAGUACAAUCCUAAGUGGAGGCCAGUCUUCAGUGACGUAUGGUCUGCUCUCCAAAGUUUCAUCUCCUAAAGAAGUGAGGGACAGAGCCAAGCAGUCCACUGAGAAAAAGAAGAAUGUAGGAGUUGCCAAAGAAGGUGCCACAGCUAAAGGAGCAGAGGAGGUGAAAGAAGAGAAAGCCAUGGUGGUCAGGACAGUGUGCCAUGGUGUUGAGAUGCUGACGGGGAAGGAGAGAAGUCAAAGUAAGGGAGCGAUCUAUCGUGGAAGAGUUUGGAUCCCACCGCCCCUUGCCAGUCAAUUAAAUAUCCAGCCACAUUCAGCCGUGAGAAUUAAACCUGUGAAAUCAGCCAUCAAAGUAGCUACUAAGAUUCAUCUGCAGUCUGUAAAACCUCAGCCAGAGGAGGAGGGUGAAGACAUCCAGACAGUUUUUCUUGGCUGGUUGCACGCACAGUGUCAUGAACCUUUGGCUUGUCUGACUGCUCGCUCUGGCAACAUCCUCCUACAUGGAAAUGAUGCAAAGCUGGAGAUUACUUUGACCGUGUUAAAACCAGAGGAACAGAACGAUCCUCCAGACCAGCUGUUUCUGCUCUCUCCCGCUGUUCUCCAGAAGGAAGAUGUACAGGUGGACAGAAAGCCCGCACCAGAGCCAGCUUCAAAGGCUGUCCCUGAGGUGCCUGACCAUGACCUUCCUGCCCUCAGCAUUCUUGGUGGGGUUGCUGACCUUAGUAGGACUGGACUUGAAUUCAUCUCCCACAGUCUUCUGGGUAGUCCCCUCUCAAGGGAGCUCGGUACAACUGGACAGGGACUUCAAGGAGGAGCUCUACUCAUCACUGGAGCUAAGGGGAGUGGGAGGAGCACGUUGUCGCGAGCACUCUGCAGAAAAGCCAGAGAGGAUCUGGAUGCACAUGUUGAAGUGGUGGACUGCAAAAAGCUACAAGGCAAAAAGACAGAAACUGUGAGACAGAUUUUUCAGGACAUUUUUGAGCAGGCAGAGUGGCGACAGCCUUCUGUUGUUCUACUGGACGACUUGGAUCAUUUGACGCAUGCACCGACUUCUCCUGAACACGAACAAGGGCCUGAGGCGUUGCUGCAACUGCACAUUGCACAAAGUCUGAAAGAUGCAGUGGACGAGGUUGUGGCCCACUCGAGCCUGGUGUGCAUGAUUAUCACCAGCCAGAGUGAGCACUCUCUCCACCCUUCUCUGACUGAGGUGCAAGGCUCUCACUUCAUCCAGGGACUAUUAAACAUCCAGCCACCAGAUCAGGCCCAGAGAGCUGAAAUCCUGCGGCAUCUGAUCCUAAGGAAGUCCUUCCUGUCAGAAGAGACCUUACACACUCUUGAUCUAGGGGCAGUUGCCAAGGAAACAGAGGGAUACACAGCACAAGAUCUCACACUGCUUUUGGAACGGGCUAUCCAUGCUAAUAUAAUGCAAACGGGAAAUAGUGACGAAGGUACAUGUCUGUCAUGGAGGGACUUUGCACAAGCCCUGAAGGGAUUCACCCCCCCCUCACUAUGGGGUGUAGACCUUCACACACCGAGUGGAGCGGGGCUAGAGAGGGUAGGAGGACUUACAGAGGUGCGGCAGCAGCUAAUGGACACCAUACUGCUCCCUGCUAAGUUUCCCAUCCUCUUUUCCAAUCUUCCUAUCCGACAUCGCUCUGGAGUUCUGCUGUACGGAGCUCCUGGUACAGGGAAGACGCUGCUGGCCAGGGCUGUGGCCAGAGAGAGUGCUAUGAACUUCAUCAGUAUCAAGGGGCCUGAACUUCUGAGUAAAUACAUUGGAGCCAGUGAACAAGGAGUCCGUGAUGUGUUCCAGAGAGCACAAGCUGCCAAACCGUGCAUCCUGUUCUUUGAUGAAUUUGACUCUCUGGCCCCGAGGAGGGGCCACGACAGCACGGGUGUAACGGACCGCGUGGUGAACCAGCUCCUCACCCAGCUCGACGGAGUGGAAGGGCUGCAGGGCGUGUAUGUGCUUGCAGCCACGAGCCGUCCAGACUUAAUUGACCCAGCCCUGUUGAGACCUGGACGACUGGACAAGUCCCUCUACUGCCCCCCUCCUGACCUGGACGCACGUGUGGAGAUCCUGAAGGCCCUGAGUACAGGCCUCUCUCUGGCUCCUGACGUGGACCUGCAGCAGCUGGCAGCCGUCACGGAGCACUUCACUGGUGCAGACCUGAAAGCCCUGCUCUACAACGCGCAGCUGGAAGCUGUCCACAACCGUCCAGGCACCGAAACACCAAAUGAGCUGACGCUUGCCUCGGACAGCGACAUGAGCCUGUCCUCCAUGAUCUUUCCAAACAACAGCAGUGGCUCAGAUGACUCGGUGGGGGAAGGAGACCAAGGCGUGGGUCUGGACCAAUCUAUGGUUCUUCUAGAGUCCAGUGAACUUCGAGCAGAAGAUGAACAAUGCCGUGGUAACGUCUGGAGAAUUUAUUUUGGAAGCUCUUAUGAGUCAGAGUUGGAAAAUUCCCCGGUUCCCAGACAGAACUCGCAGUACAUCUCUGGACCCAACUCCAUGACACAUGACUUGGCGGGGGGAUCGGUCCGUGAGCCAGUCAGCGCUCUUCCUCCCGCUUACAUGUCCUCCAUCCAGGCUGGAUAUCAAGAGCUUCACCCAGAUCAGCUUGACCGCCUACAACAAAACAUAAACUAUAUCAAGAAUAACUACAGGAGAGCCAACCAGGAGUGUGUCUGGAGCCGUUCAGCCUCCAGCCAGGCGGGCCUGUCGCUGUCUGGAGCUCACAUACACGCUGCCAUAGCUGCGACCAAACCAUCCCUCAGUCAGGCCGACUGGAAGAGAUACACAAGACUGUAUGAAGACUUUGCUGGUUCAGGAGACAAAAAAAUGCUCCCCUCUGUCACAUUCAAACCAGGGCAACGUGUGACUUUAGCCUAAUCACGUUUAUCAGUCUGACACUUCAUUGAUCACACAGAUAAUUAUGUGUCAAACAUGUUUGUAAGAAGUCUCUCUUCUGGUCUGGUGAUGCAUCUGCAAUCUUACCACGUAAUAUGUACAUUAAACCACAAAUCUGUAAUGUAAUUUAUAAAUAGUGUAAUUUUAAACUAUAAAAAGAAAAAUGGAAAUCUUUCUUUACAUUUUGUCAAUACUUUAUUACUUGUAAAGCUCUUGAAUGAUAUUCGGUUUACAGCAAGCAUUGUAGAUUGAUGAUCAAAACCUUACUGAAUAUCCUCAUUUAAAGUGUUGAUAGAAAAAUACUGGCUGAAUUUUUAGAUGAUUAAAGUCCCUGUCAGCAACGCAGCCAGUGAAAUCAUCUUUGACUUUGUCUUGUUUUGGCUUAUCUUUGCUUUCAUAACACACUCUUUCAAAUAAAUGAGGGGGAAAUCCAUAACAUCUAUAAUAUAAGUAUUCAGCAUUUCAUUCUUAUUUUAAAGAUUUUUUUGGGCU